UUAAUAUUAUAAUAUCAUUAUUUAAGAUGUAUAAAAACUGUAAAAAAUAAUAAUAAUAUAUUUUAUAGAUUGAAAGUUAUUUAAACGAGUAAAAAUAUGAGUACGCAAAAAGGAAAUUCCAGUCGAUCAAGACCACAAAAAUAUCAAAACCAAAUUGCUUUUAAAAAUGAUUUACAUGACAAAUCAAAUCAAACAAAAUGUAUUAAUAGUAUUCAAGUUGCACAUGUUUGUGAAAGAUGUAAAAAAAUAAUUGAGUGGAAAAUUAAAUAUAAAAAAUAUAAACCAUUAAAAAGAGCUGCAAAAUGUGUCAAAUGUGAACAGAAAACAAUAAAACAUGCUUAUCAUAAUAUGUGUUUAACUUGUGCUACACAAUAUAAUGUAUGUCCAAAAUGUGGUAAUGAAAAUAAUAUUGUUAAAGAAGAAUUUAAUAAAACAGAAAUUAUGAAAUUAGAUACACAAUUGCAGAACUUAUUUAAAAGACUAUCUGAACGAAAACGAAGAACAUUCAUGCGCUAUAUAAAUUCUAUAAAUAAAAAAGAUAAAUAUAACAAUAUAAAAAAAAAUGGAGAAGAAGAUAUGAAUGAAGGAAAAGAGAAAAAAAAUACAAAUAAUUGUAUAUCUAAAGAAGAUUUAUUAUUAAAAUUGAAAUCUUUAAUAAUUAAAGAAAUAGAUAAU